GCCGUAGAGGGGCCACGCGCCGCCAAAUCCUCCCCAUCGCCAAACCCCGGGGAGCAGAACGGGGGGCUGGCAACCCAUCCCUCACCCCCAUUAGCCACCGUCACCUCCGCGGUCACCGGCUUCAACCCAGCACGGAAACCCGAGGGAGCUCCCAGCGAGCGUGGGCAACCCUGGGGAGGCAUCGCCAUCCCUUCGGCUUCACCGAGAGCCAAGGCGAGGGGCGAGCCCCCAUCGUCCUGCCUGGCCCCCCCUGUUUGGGUAGCUCAGCCCUCGCCGCCGCCUCCCUUCCCUGGGCUCUUCCAAUGGACUCUCCCAAUGCUCAGAGCGUGUGGUGGAGGCUGCGGCGUUAACGCUGGUACCCGGGAGCUAUUUUCUUGCCGUAUCCCUGCCGGAGCAUCCUUCCUCGCGGACGCCGGAAGAAGAGCUGGAGAGGAGCGAGGGCUGAAGCAGGUCCAGGCCAGCGUCCCCCCGUGUCCCCUCGCAGCUGGUGCCACACGGAUGGGUAGCGCCGUCGCCCGUCUCCCCGCAUCCCACCGUGGUCCUCGGGCGUGAGGACACAGCCCCCGACACAAAGAACCUCCUCUCUUCCAUCCCGGUGUCCCGGUUGAUCCCACCAGCACCAUGGAUGAGAGCUUCCGAGACCGGACGGCGUUCAUCCGCGGCGCCAAGGACAUCGCCAAGGAGGUGAAGAAACACGCGGCCAAGAAGGUGAGCAAAGGCAUGGACCGCGUGCAGGACGAGUACACCAAGCGCUCCUACUCCCGCUUCGAGGAAGAGGACGACGACGAAGAUUACGCGCCCCAGGAUGGUUACUACCGCGGAGGAGAGGGCGCCAACGAAGAGGAAGGGGCUUCCAGCGACGCCACCGAGGGUCACGACGAGGAGGAUGAGAUCUACGAGGGCGAGUACCAGGGCAUCCCGCGGCACGAGUCGCUGAAGAGCGGGGAGCGUCUCGGGGCCGAGGCGGCCGUGGGCGCCUUCGACGACGGCGAAGGGCAGCGUCGGAAGGACAAGGAGGAGCUGGCGCAGCAGUACGAGCUCAUCCUGCAGGAGUGCGGCCACGGCCGCUUCCAGUGGACCCUCUACUUCGUGCUGGGAUUGGCCCUCAUGGCCGACGGCGUGGAGGUCUUCGUGGUGGGCUUCGUCCUGCCCAGCGCCGAGAAGGACAUGUGCCUCUCCGACUCCAACAAGGGGAUGCUCGGGCUCAUCGUGUACCUGGGCAUGAUGGUGGGCGCCUUCCUGUGGGGCGGGCUGGCCGACCGCCUGGGCCGAAGGCAGUGCCUCCUCAUCUCCCUCUCCGUCAACAGCGUCUUCGCCUUCUUCUCCUCCUUCGUCCAAGGCUACGGCACUUUCCUCUUCUGCCGCCUCCUCUCGGGCGUGGGGAUCGGUGGCUCCAUCCCCAUCGUCUUCUCCUACUUCUCGGAGUUCCUGGCGCAGGAGAAGCGUGGGGAGCACCUGAGUUGGCUCUGCAUGUUCUGGAUGAUCGGGGGCAUCUACGCCUCGGCCAUGGCAUGGGCCAUCAUCCCCCACUACGGCUGGAGCUUCCAGAUGGGCUCAGCGUAUCAGUUCCACAGCUGGAGGGUCUUCGUCCUGGUCUGCGCCUUCCCCUCGGUCUUCGCCAUCGGGGCGCUCACCACCAUGCCCGAGAGCCCCCGCUUCUUCUUGGAGAAUGGGAAGCACGACGAGGCCUGGAUGGUGCUGAAGCAGGUCCACGACACCAACAUGAGGGCCAAGGGCCACCCCGAGAGGGUCUUCUCGGUGACCCACAUCAAGACCAUCAAGCGGGAGGAUGAGCUCAUCGAGAUCCAGUCGGACACCGGCACGUGGUACCGGCGCUGGCUCGUCCGCGUCCUCAACCUCUCGCAGCAGGUCUGGAGCAACUUCCAGCAGUGCUUCGCCCCCGAGUACCGGCGGGUGACGCUGAUGAUGAUGGCCGUGUGGUUCACCAUGUCCUUCAGCUACUACGGGCUGACGGUUUGGUUCCCGGACAUGAUCAAACAUCUGCAGAACAUCGAGUACGCCUCGCGCACCAAGCUCUUCACCCGCGAGAAGGUCCGGCACUUCACCUUCAACUUCACCCUGGAGAACCAGAUCCACCAGGGCGGCGAGUACUUCAACGACAAGUUCAUCGGCCUGAAGAUGAAGUCGGUGACGUUUGAGGACUCACUCUUCGAGGAGUGCUACUUUGAGGACAUCACCUCCAGCAACACCUUCUUCAAGAACUGCACCUUCAUCUCCACCGUCUUCUACAACACAGAUCUCUUUGAGUACAAGUUCAUCAACAGCCGAGUGGUGAACAGCACCUUCCUGCACAACAAGGAGGGCUGCCAGCUGGACUUCAGCGACGACAACAACGCCUACAUGAUCUACUUUGUCAGCUUCUUGGGCACCUUGGCCGUCCUCCCCGGGAACAUCGUCUCGGCUCUCCUCAUGGACAAAAUCGGCCGCCUUCGCAUGCUGGCCGGCUCCAGCGUCAUGUCCUGCGUCAGCUGCUUCUUCCUCUCCUUCGGCAACAGCGAAUCGGCCAUGAUCGCGCUGCUCUGCCUCUUCGGCGGCGUCAGCAUCGCCUCCUGGAACUCCCUCGACGUGCUCACCGUCGAGCUCUACCCCUCGGACAAGAGGACGACGGCCUUCGGGUUCCUCAACGCGCUCUGCAAGCUGGCGGCCGUGCUGGGCAUCAGCAUCUUCACGUCCUUCGUGGGCAUCACCAAAGCGGUGCCCAUCCUGCUCGCCUCCGCCGCCCUGGCGCUCGGCAGCUCCCUCGCCUUGAAACUGCCCGAAACCCGGGGGCAAGUCCUGCAGUGAUGGGCGGGGGGGGGCAGAGGGGCCCCCCCAAAAUACCUGGGGACCCCCCACACCCUCAGCAACCCCUUCCCUCCAGCUCCCCCCCACCCCGUACCCCCUUUUUUCCCCCCCGGGAUUAGUCUCGUUAGACACUGUGAAACGUCUUCUUGGAGCAUUUGGGACCUUUUUCAUUUGCACUUGACACCCC